AUGAACGCCGCGUUGAAGGCAAGUCUGUAUGACAGAUCUCGCUUGAAAAAAUCGCACCACAGGGGCAGGCCGGACAGCAGCGAUGACGACGCGUGCGACGAUGAUGAGGAAACGGACGCAGAAGCCACCGUAGUGAAUAAAGAAGGAAGCUUUUACAAAAAGUUGUACGCCCUCAUCGAGUCCAAAUCGACCUACAUCAAUUUGGUCCUAAAGUGUAGGACUGAUAAGGAGAUCGAAAACGGCACUACCCAGAAGAAGCGGUACCUUAGGGCCAAUCGGAAAUCUCAAGACGAGGAGAAGGUCGAGCGGGAGAAUGCUUUAAAAACGGUUAGGGAAAUAAUCAAAAGGAAGUUUCCGAAGCGCGCCGAGGGAAAGAUAGAUUUGUACUUGAAGGAAAUUAUAGGAAACCCGCCCCCCGAGAACUGUGCCCUGCACAAGACCCUCUACCAAAGAAACCAAGCCAACCUGUUCGUCAAGCACAACCUAAUCAGCUACCUCCUCAACUUCGUGGACAAUAAAACGUUGAUGAAACUGAAGGAGUGCUCAAAAAUAGACAACCAAGUGGUAAGUCUCUACCUCCGAAAAAUACUUCACACCUUAUCCUUCAAGGAUGACGAAAUAAAGACCAAUAUCCACUACUGGAGAAAUGUGAUCAAUUAUUUUUUUUGCAAAACGGGUACCCUCAAACCAGUGGACAGAAGGAAUUACCAACCUGUCACCAAAGAGUUCGAAAAAAAUAAAAGCUUCUGUGUAAUUUCAGAAGACUCCAUGGAUUCAAAAGUAUACAUCAGCUUAGAUUACUUCACUGAAAAAUUGAUAACAUCCUGUACACAUAAAAACCCACUUCCACACACAUGUGACCUUACGAACGUACCAAAGGGAGUGGAAGUUCUUCUAAAAAGUGAAAAAAUUUCUAUUAUCGAUUUUGUUGAGGAAUACUACAAAAGACUUAUAGUUAAUGAUGAUGAGUUAAUGUGGCACAUAUGCCAUUUCAGAAAAUCUAGAAAAUUUUUAACUCUGCUUCUUCUCGAGUACCUCAAGUGUAUGCUACGUGUACUCGAAAAAUACAAUGGCAGUUGUAUUUUUAAAAAAACAGAGUACUUGGUCAACUGUGGACACCAUAUUACGCACCGAAUUUGGAUCCAAAUGUUUUACGACUAUGGGUAUGAAACACUAGCCAAUCAGAAAGAGGAAAAGGGAGAUGUGAACAGGGGACAGAGGACUACUGGGGGGGUCCCCAAACAUGUUAGUACUAAACAGAAGAAUGAAGAGCAGAGGGAUAGCACCAUUAAUAAGACUCUCUACUUAACCAUUGCUGACCAUUUCAAGUGGGAUGCAUAG